GCUACAUACGGCGCGGAGCUACGGACAGCGUGAUGGGCUUUCUGGGCGUCCUUCUCCCCAUGAUCAGACUUUAUCUAGUCGGCGUCAGGGUCUUGCUUUACCAACUCUUCAACAGAUCUUUCACUCUUCCAGCUCUGCCCAGCCAACAUGGACGGGUUGCCAUAGUGACAGGUGGCGCCAGAGGGAUGGGCUUUGAGGUGGCGCGGAGUCUGACCGGCCUGGGCAUGCACGUCAUCAUCGCUGGGAAUGUUGAAGAGGAGGGUCUGGAAGCUGUGACCAAGAUCCGUGACGAGACCAAAGAGGGCAAAGUUGAAUUCCUCUUCCUGGAUCUGUCCUCUCUGCACUCCGUGCGUGAGUUUGCCCAGAGGUUCAAAGCCACUGGCCUCCCUCUCCACGUGCUGGUCAACAACGCUGGCGUGAUGAUGGUCCCUGAGCGCCGGACGGAGGACAGCUUCGAGCUGCAGUUUGGCCUGAACUUCCUGGGUCACUUCCUGCUCACGCACCUGCUGCUGGACACACUCAAGCGAUCGGGUCGCCACGGCAACCACAGCCGCGUCGUCAACAUGUCCUCAGCAACACACUAUGGGGCUCGCCUUAACCUGGAGGACCUGCAAAGCAGGUCUUGUUAUAGUUCUCACGGGGCGUACUCCCAGAGUAAACUGGCCCUGGUCAUGUUCACCUACUACCUGCAUGAGCAGCUGACAGCAGGCGAUUUCCCGGUCAGCACCAACGCUGUGGACCCUGGCAUGGUGGACACAGCCCUCUACCAGAACCUCUGCAGCCCGGCACAGCUGCUCCAGAGACCUGUGGCCAGACUACUCUUCAGGACACCAGCAGAGGGAGCCUCCACCGCUCUCUUGGCUGCCGUGGCGACAGAGCUGGAGGGUGUGGGCGGCUGCUACCUGUACAACGGCCAGCGGGCAGCAUCCUCCGAGACGUCCUACGACCAGGACCUGCAGGCCCAGCUGUGGAAGCAGAGCUGCAGCCUAGUGGGCUUGUAGGGGGCCAACACACACACACACUGCUUUCUAUGACCUGGAGGUCAUUGAACAGAACUUGCCCUCAAUUGCCCUAAUCAUGCCUCUCACUACAGAACACAGACUCCUUUUGCAGAGAGUGCAUACAGUACACACACACACUCCGCCUAACAGACUGAGUCAUAGUGUUUCUCUGAUCAAUGACCAUCUAUGUCUGUGUCCGUGCGUGUGUGACUCUGGAUGGAUGAAGUAGUGUGUGUGUGUGUCUGAGUGUGUGUAGUAAUGUGUUGUGUCAUGUGCAAUAAGAUCAGUAAGAUCACAUACUUGAGGCUAAAAGCUCUUGAUUGUGAAAUUUUAUGGGUGUAAUUGCUGUGAAAAGUCACUGUGUACGUGUGUGUGUGUAUUGUAUGUGUAUGUGUGUGUGUGUGUGCGUAUUAUGUUCUAUAUAAAUCAUGCUAUUGGUUGAACUGAUCUGAAAUAAAUUUACUGAUUUUGUCUCUAAA